AUGGAAACGAAGGCCAACUACAAAGCGCCCAACUCAUGUUCUGAGUCUCCCAGGGACUUUACAGAGAAGACAAUGGAAGCUUUUUAUCAAUACCCUAAUGAGAACACUGUGGAGCCCAGGGAGACCUGGAGUCGUCGGCUUGAGUUCUUGCUGGCAUCCAUUGGCUACGCUGUGGGACUCGGAAACGUCUGGAGGUUCCCGCACCUGUGUUACAGAAGUGGAGGAGGUGCUUUUCUCAUCCCGUAUGUGAUCAUGCUCUUCCUUUGUGGUAUUCCCUUGCUUUUUAUGGAGUAUGCAAUUGGGCAGUAUACUCGCUUAGGACCCAUUCAGGCACUGCACAAAAUCUGCCCACUUCUUAAAGGUGUGGGACUGGCUACAGUGGUCAUUUCAUUUGUUCUUGCAACCUACUAUAAUGUUCUGAUGGCCUGGGCUCUCUACUACCUCUUCAACUCGUUCACCUCUCCAUUUCCCUGGCAGUCUUGCAACAACACCUGGAACACCCCAAACUGUUCCACUGGCUUUGCUGGCAAUGCCACUAACAUGAAGUCUUCCAGUCAGCAGUUUUUUGACCAUAGGCUUCUAGAGAUUACAGAAGGCAUUGAGAAAGCUGGAGGAAUUCGCUGGGAGUUGUUUGGCCUUCUCACACUUGCAUGGAUCAUUGUCUUCUUCUGCAUCUUUAAAGGAGUAAAAUCCACUGGAAAGGUCGUGUAUUUCACUGCCACGUUCCCUUAUAUUAUACUGUUUGCACUGCUAAUCAAUAAUGUUCAGCUGCCUGGAGCAAAAGAUGGCAUCCUCUACUUUCUUAUGCCCAACUGGAAUAAACUCCUUGAAGUGCAGGUUUGGGUGAAUGCAGCAGCCCAGAUUUUUAACUCCAUUGGAAUUGCUUUUGGCUCCAUGAUUUCUAUGGCCAGCUACAACAAAUACAACAACAAUAUCCUUAAAGACACAUUUGUUGUUUCUUUGGCCAACUCGGCUACCAGUAUCCUGGCUGGGUUUGUGAUCUUCUCUGGCAUCGGUUACAUGGCACACAUUCAUAACCUGCCUGUAGAUGACAUAGCUACUGAUGGUCCAGGUUUGGUGUUUGUGGUGUACCCAGAAGCAUUCUCAACCAUGCCUGUAUCACAACUAUGGGCUCCUGUAUUCUUCUUUAUGCUGCUCUGCCUUGGACUGGACAGUGAGUUUGCGAUGGUCGAGGUGGCGGUGACAUGCAUCAUGGAUGGUUUUGGGCCGAAGGUUUUGCGUUGGUUUAAGAGGAAGGAACUGGUCGUGCUGGCUGUGUGUUCUGUAGGAUUUCUGUUUGGAAUCCCACACAUCACCAGGGGUGGUAUCUAUGUGUUCCAGCUGAUGGAUCACUACACUGCAGUUGUGUCUCUCAUGUUUCUGGCCUUCUUUGAGGUUCUAGCAGUCACACUGAUCUUUGGAGUUAAGAAGAUCUGUUUGAUGGUGGAGAGCAUGACAGGAAAAAGGCCGAACCUGUACUUCCGUGUAUGCUGGCAGUUCAUCUCUCCUAUGCUGGUGUUGGGAAUUCUAAUCUCCAGCAUCAUACAGUACACUCCUGCACGCUAUGGUAAAUCUUACUCAUACCCUCUGUGGGCCGAAGUGUUGGGCUGGUUCAUUUCCCUCAUCUCUAUAAUCUGGAUCCCACUUGGGGCAAUUCAUGAAAUCUGGAGAAAUAAAGGAUCUUUCCUUCAGAGGCUGAAAGUGGCACUUACACCCACGCUGCAGCUGGAGCCUGAAUACACAACCAAGAACCAACAGUCUUUAACACUGUUUAACACUUCUUUGUGAUGUCCACACUGCAUCUUUUUUUUUU